AUGCCCUCCUACACCGUCACCGUGGCCACCGGCAGCCAGUGGUUCGCGGGCACCGACGACUACAUCUACCUCACCCUCGUGGGCUCCGCGGGCUGCAGCGAGAAGCACCUGCUGGACAAGCCCUUCUACAACGACUUCGAGCGCGGCGCGGUUGAUUCUUACAAUGUGAUAGUUGAUGACGAACUGGGCGACGUCCAGCUGAUCAGAAUCGAGAAGCGCAAGUACUGGUUCCAUGAUGACUGGUACCUGAAGUACAUCACGCUGAAGACGCCCUGCGGGGAUUACAUUGAGUUCCCCUGCUACCGCUGGAUCUCAGGCGAGAGCGAGAUUGUCCUGAGAGAUGGACGAGCGAAGUUGGCCUGUGAUGACCAAAUUCACAUUCUCAAGCAGCACAGACGUAAAGAACUGGAAACACGGCAAAAACAGUAUCGAUGGAUGGAGUGGAACCCUGGCUUCCCCUUGAGCAUCGAUGCCAAAAGCCACAAGGAUUUACCCCGAGAUAUCCAGUUCGAUAGUGAGAAGGGAGUAGACUUUGUUCUGAACUACUCCAAAGCGAUGGAGAACCUGUUCAUCAACCGCUUCAUGCACAUGUUCCAGUCUUCCUGGAGCAACUUCGCUGACUUCGAGAAAAUCUUCGUCAGGAUCAGCAACACUAUUUCUGAGCAGGUUAUGAAUCACUGGCAAGAAGACUUAAUGUUUGGCUACCAGUUCCUGAACGGCUGCAACCCUGUGUUGAUCCAGCGCUGCACGAAGCUGCCAGCGAAUCUCCCGGUUACCACAGAGAUGGUGGAGUGCAGCCUGGAGCGGCAGCUCACCUUGGAGCAGGAGGUUGAGCUAGGGAACAUCUUCAUCGUGGACUUUAAGCUGUUGGAUGGCAUCGAUGUCAACAAAACAGACCCCUGCACUCUGCAGUUUCUGGCUGCGCCCAUCUGCUUGCUGUACAAGAAUCUGGCCAACAAGAUUGUCCCCAUUGCCAUCCAGCUCAACCAGGUCCCAGGAGAUGAGAACCCCAUUUUUCUCCCUUCGGAUGCAAAGUAUGACUGGCUUCUGGCCAAAAUCUGGGUGCGUUCCAGUGACUUCCACAUCCACCAGACCAUCACCCACCUUCUGCGCACACAUCUAGUGUCUGAGGUUUUUGGCAUCGCAAUGUACCGCCAGCUGCCUGCUGUGCACCCCAUUUUCAAGCUUCUGGUGGCACACGUGCGGUUCACCAUCGCCAUCAACACCAAGGCCCGGGAGCAGCUCAUCUGCGAGUACGGCCUCUUUGACAAGGCCAACGCCACAGGGGGCGGUGGGCACGUGCAGUUGGUGCAGAAGUCCAUGGAGGACCUGACCUACAGCUCCCUGUGCUUCCCUGAGGCCAUCAAGGCCCGGGGCAUGGACAACACGGAAGACAUUCCCUACUACUUCUACCGGGACGACGGGCUCCUGGUGUGGGAGGCCAUCAGGGCGUUCACAGCCGAGGUGGUGGACAUCUACUACGGGAGCGACCAGGUGGUGGAGGAGGACCAGGAGCUGCAGGACUUCGUGAAGGACGUUUACGUGUACGGCAUGCGGGGCAAGAAGGCCUCAGGCUUCCCCAAGUCCAUCAAGACCAAGGAGAAGCUGUCCGAGUACCUGACUGUGGUGAUCUUCACGGCCUCAGCCCAGCACGCGGCAGUGAACUUCGGCCAGUACGACUGGUGCUCCUGGAUCCCCAAUGCCCCCCCCACCAUGCGAGCCCCACCGCCAACGGUCAAGGGUGUGGUCACCAUCGAGCAGAUCGUGGACAUGCUGCCCGACCGUGGCCGCUCCUGCUGGCAUCUGGGCGCAGUGUGGGCGCUGAGCCAGUUCCAGGACAAUGAGCUGUUCCUGGGCAUGUACCCGGAGGAGCAUUUUAUCGAGACGCCUGUAAAGGAGGCCAUGGCCCGAUUCCGUAAGAACCUUGACGCCAUUGUCAGCGUGAUCGCUGAGCGCAAUAAGAACAAGAAGCUGCCGUAUUACUACUUGUCCCCAGACCGGAUUCCCAACAGCGUGGCCAUCUGAGUGGCCGCCUGAGCCCGUCUCACUCUGGGACGGCCAGCUGCUCAAGGCUGGGCUCGGCACCCAGACUCCAUCCUGCCCAGGAGGGCAGGCUCCCAGGGCGGCUGCAGGGCGGGCCUUUGGAUUCCUGGGAAUUUGCCCGCAGGCCCCAGGCUCCUGGCUUCAAACCAAAGGCUCCCCAGGUUAGACCAUGACAUAGCUAAGCUUCGGUGCAUUUUCCUGUUCGUUCCUCAGUCUCUAGUGAAUCCCAUACUUUGAUCAAAGUGUGUAAACAUUGCAGGGACCUUUCCUACACAGAGUAGGACUGUGUAGCUUCCUGCCCACCACCCAGCUCAGCGCUUCUGCAGCAGGAAAGCCCCACAGAGCAGCAUAACUGAUGGAUGUUUGCUCUUGUUGGGGACACGGGAUGAUGAUUUUCUGUUCUGUUUAUGCUUAGUUCAAUUUCUUGCAUACAGUAG